CUUAGAUCUAAGUCUAAUAUCAAUAUCUCUACCAAAUAUGACUGCUCAAAGAAGUGGAUUUAAAAAUGAUAUGAGGGUGGUCUUUGGGGAAUUAUCCUUAGUAGAUAAGCUCUUACCCGUAUGGAUAAUAUUGGCUAUGGUGCUUGGUAUAGUUUUAUCAGUAUAUGUUCCUCAAAGUAGAUCAGCAUUUGAUGGAGCAAAAGUAGUAGAUGUUUCAAUCCCUUUAGCUAUAGGACUUAUAGUUAUGAUGAUACCACCCCUUUGUAAAGUUGAAUGGGAAAAUUUCUUUAAAUUUUUUAAAAAGGAAAGUUAUCUUAAAGAAAUAUUAAUAUCAUUGUUUAUAAAUUGGAUAAUUGGUCCCUUUUUAAUGUUUGGUCUUGCUUGGCUUACGUUAUUUGAUGAAGAUGAAUAUAGAACUGGUAUAAUAAUGAUUGGACUUGCUCGUUGUAUUGCUAUGGUAUUAUUAUGGAAUCAUAUAGCUGAUGGUGAUAAUACUCUUUGUGCCAUAAUUGUGCUUAUUAAUAGUUUGAUGCAAGUAGUGUUAUAUGCUCCUUACCAAAUAUUCUUCUGUUAUGUUAUUUCAGGUGAUUAUGACUCAUCUGGUGUUAAUUCUUCUGUUUCUUAUCCAUUAGUUGCUAAAAGUGUAGCUUUCUUUUUGGGUGUACCUUUGGGAUUCGGUUUGCUUAUAAGAUUUAUAUCCAUUUAUACUAUUGGCCAUAAAAGAUAUGAGAAAUCAAUAUUACCAUUCAUAAGUCCUUGGGCUUUGAUUGGAUUAUUAUACACUAUCGUAGUUAUCUUUAUUGAGAAAGGUAAUGAUUUUAUUAAGGAAAUAGGUUCAGCCUUAAGAUGCUUUGUUCCAUUAGUAUUAUACUUCAUGAUCAUGUGGUUUGGAACUUUCUUUGUUUUACGUUGGUUAUCAAAUUAUUCAAAUGUUCGUAGCUCGACAAAGAAAUGUUCUCCUAUCGAAUCUCCUAUUUCAGAAGAAACUAAAUUAUUAUGUGGUUGUGAAUCAAAGAUUGAGCAACAUCCUGAUAAAUGGACUACAGGUUGUGCAGCAGAUUAUGCCACUACCAUAACUCAGACUUUUACUGCUGCUUCAAAUAAUUUUGAAUUAAGUUUAGCAGUUGCUAUCUCUAUAUAUGGAAAUGGAAGCAAGCAAGCUAUAGCUGCUACUUUUGGACCAUUAUUAGAAGUACCGAUAUUGUUAAUUCUAGCCUUUGUUGCAAAAUAUUUCAAAAUUAAAUUUAUAUGGGAAGAUGUUGAAGAUUCCAGAAAUAUAGAUGAGGAACCUCUACAAACUUUACUGACUAACGAAGACAAUUAAAUUAGUGUUAAAAUUAAUAGUAUACAUAGAAUUGAAAUAUAACGAAU